AUGUCAGUACCAGAAACGAACAAGAUCACGGAUAUUGAUUCGUCUUAUCCAACGACACUAAGUUUAAUGCGUUGUAAACGACAAGUUCUUCGUCCAUAUCGACAACUCCUUUGCCUUACCACAACUACAACUCAUACACCUGCAACAGUGACAACAGAGCGCCAUAUAAAUCAUACAAUUAUCAUGCCAUGGGAUACAAUUGGACCGGGAGAAGCAAUUGAUACUGCCCCACAUACAAAAUGUGGACACAUUAUAUCAACUUAUAUUUUACCUGACAUUUUACAUUUGAUAUCGUUCAUAUUAGGAUACAUUUAUUUUCGCGUUACAGAAGGUGAACAGUUAUAUUCAUUAAUGGAAAAAGUUUUCAUACACGCUGAUCAAAACAUCAGGCAAUUUAGUCCAAAUCGUGUUAUUAAACGUUUGAGAGCAUUUUUGAUUAUUGGAUGUUUUUGGGUAGUAGCUGCAAUGUCUUCCCAUGCUUUGUUUAUGAUCGUUUAUGGUGUCAAUGGUCUAACUAUAUUCGAAAAAAAAGGAUUAAAACAACCAGCCCAAUGGAUAUUAUUUGUUAUUGAAUUACUUGCACUUUUUAUUUCAAACUGUAUUCAUUUGGCGGUGGUAAUGAAUUUUUCCACACAUUGUGAAAUGAUCAUUUUCUAUUGUAAAGCCAUUCGUACUAGAUUAGAAGAAAAAUCAUUACAUUUAGUUGAAGCGAUGAAACGUAUUGUUCUUGGUUUAGUCAUAUUAAUUUUUAAUCGAAUCGAUCAACCAUUAGUUUGGACUUAUAGAGCGAUAUAUCCACUUGUUUGGAUAUGUAUUCUCGGAUUUUGUUUAGCACAAGCAGCACGUGUUACUGAAAAAUGUGAUAAAUUCUAUAAAAUUGGCUUAUCAAUGAGAGUAUAUGGUUAUCAUACAUCAACAUCAAAUGAAUUAGAUUCAUUUAUGCUAUUUCUUUCCCAAGCUCAACUAAGGGCCAAACUAUUUGCAUUAACAGUUCAUCCCGGCAAAGUGAUUGGUAUUGUUGUUACAUGUUCACUUUUAAUUAUCGUUCUUAUUCAAACAUCCGUAAUAGCAUCUCCCAAUUUCUUUUUUUAA